UUUUUGGUGAGAAAUGUUUAUGAUGUAUUAAUUCGUAAAAAUAAUAGAACGAAAGAUGUUCUUCUCUGGUAACACGGGAGAAGGACAUUGUUGCAAGGGAACCAUAAGAAACAAAACAUUUCUAGGUCACGUUGCAUGAUGCAUGUCGAGGAUUAAACCUAUAGUUUUUUUCUUAUUAGGUUUUCUAAAGGAACUUUGGUUCCUUUGAUGGGAAAUUGCUUUGGAAGUCGUUACAAGGUUCAUGAACCUUUCUCCCAAUCCAAUUCUGAGGUUACAAAAGUUCCUUUUAGAAGCACUCAAUUGUUGGUACACUCAAGUGCAAUAGUACAUGGACACAAUGAUGGAGGUAAACCUGAGAUUCUUCCAACUCCAAGAUCUGAAGGGGAUAUACUUUCUUCUCCACAUUUAAAAGCCUUCACAUUUAAGGAUCUUAGGAAUGCCACUAAAAAUUUCAGUAAUGAUAGUUUAAUUGGACAAGGAGGGUUUGGUUAUGUUUAUAAAGGGUGGAUUGAUGCUCAAUCACUUAAGGCUGCAAGGCCUGGAUGUGGAACUGUUAUAGCUGUCAAGAAGCUCAAGCCUGAAGGUUUUCAAGGCCAUAAGGAGUGGCUGUCUGAACUCAAUUAUCUUGGCCAACUUCAUCAUCCAAAUCUUGUCAAACUUACUGGAUACUGCUUGGAUGGGGAUAACAGGCUUCUAGUCUACGAGUACUUGCCGAAUGGAAGCUUGGAAAAACAUCUAUUUAGUAGAAAGGGCACACAACUACUUCCUUGGGCAACAAGAAUCAAAGUUGCUAUUGGGGCUGCUCGAGGUCUCACCUUCCUUCAUGACUCUAAUCAACAAAUUAUCUACCGUGAUUUCAAGGCGUCUAAUAUUUUAUUAGACUCGGAAUUUAACGCAAAACUGUCAGACUUUGGAUUGGCCAAAGCAGGGCCCACUGGCGAUCGCUCUCAUGUUUCUACUCAAGUCCUAGGCACUCAAGGCUAUGCUGCUCCUGAAUAUAUUGCCACUGGUCGGUUGACAACAAGGUGCGAUGUCUAUAGCUUCGGAGUUGUGCUAUUGGAACUACUAUCAGGGCGCAAUGCUGUUGAUAAAACAAAAUCAGGAGCGGAACAUAAUCUGGUAGAUUGGGCAAGACCAUACUUGGGUGAUAGAAGAAAGUUGUUUCGGAUUAUGGACACAAGAUUACAAGGGCAGUAUCCACAAAGGGCGGCUUAUACAGCUGCAAUUCUUGCGUUACAAUGUAUUAGUGAGGCCAAAUUUAGACCACAAAUGUCUGAGGUUUUGACGACUUUGGAAAACUUGCCAGUCAUCAGACAUUCAGCUAGUCCUUCUAGAUUCGAGGAGAAACCGUUCCCAGGUCCAAUAAGAGAAAGAAUCUGAAGCCUAAUUCUGAGAAAAACUAGCAAAAUAUCCGUACAUAUUGCAUAGGUGUAAAAGAGGAUAAUGUAAUACAGGUUUAUUUUCUCUUUAUGUAGACCUCUGUGGACCCCCCUUCCCUUUUCUGGUCUUGUUAGGUGAUAGUAUUAGCCCUCAUGACAGAGUUUUGUGAAUUCUUGAUUUUCCUAUAUACAUACAGAACAUUGGUCAUCAAAAGUUAUUGGCAAGCAUUAAAAUGCAUUAUCUUAGACAUUCUCAUUCAGAGGGAAUUGUUUAGAUUCUGCCAUAAUAACGUUUUUUUUUUAAAAAAAAAA